AUGGAUAUCGACGACAUCCUUGCCUCCGUCGACCGCGGCGACGUCUCCACGCCGGAAUCCGCCAGCCUCGACCACCAGCUCCUAACGCGCUUCUGGGUCGCCGAGCGCGGCGUGUCGGAGCUCCUCCCAUGGCCGGGACCACUGAUGGAGCGCAUGAUGGAGCGCGUGAAAAGACAGAUUGAAACAAUCGAAGAUCUCGCCGCCUCCUCAUCCGACCCCCUCCCCGCAACCACGACGCACAAUCCCACACUCAACCUCAAACUCUCAAUCCUCCAAACCGACCUCGCCCGCACCCAAUACCUCAUCCGCUCUCUCCUCCGCCAACGCCUCUCCAAACUCACCACCCACAGCAUGCACUACCUCCUCCUCAUCGCCUCCAGCCCCGCCAACACCCAAUCCUCCUCCGCCUCCCAACAACCGCCCCCCACCAACCAACAACCCGAAGACUCCAUCCCCGACCUCACAAACGCCACAGACCCCUCGCCUCUCUCCCCGCAGGAAGUCACCUUCCUGCACGCCCACCAGACCCUUCUGGCGGGCCACUUCGGCGCCUCCUUCCUCUCCUCGUUUCCGCCGCAGCUGCGCCGUCUCGACGAUAACGCCGGCGGCACGAGUAUGGUGCAGGGGCCCGAGUUGAAGGAGGUCGUGUUCGUGCGGUGUCUAGUGGAGGAGGUUCUGGUUGUCAUACCGCCGGGAGAUGGCAUUGAGGAGGAACAGUUCGGGACCGCGAUGCGCAUGGGCGAUGUUUGGGCUGUUCGGUGGGAGGGGAUCAGGGGGGCUUGGGUUCGGGGGGAGGUUGAGCUUCUAUGA